AUGAGUGGUAGUGACGACGAAAAAAAGGGGUCAACGGUAGGAUGGGUGUACAAACUCGAUACGAAGAGUGUAGUUGAAGAGUUUCAAAAACGUAACAUUACCGUUGACAUAUCUAAAACGCUUGCAACCUUACGUAAAGAAUUAAAAGAAGUCGUAAGGCAAGAGAUAGAAGCACGAGAAGCCGCAAAAACUGAAAAGAAAACCGACGCGAGUGGGGUGUUAGAAAAAGACAAUUCGGAACUAAACGCGAGUAACGAGUCGUUCGAGUCCGCGGAAGGCACCGAAAGUACGAAAAACGAAACGGAAAAGGUGCUCCGAAACGUGUCCGCCGACGACACAAAGAAAGGAAGUGACGUAGGUGCUCCGAACGCCGAGUCCGACGACGACGACAACAUGGCGGGAGACAACAAUAAGCUGGAAUUCUGUUUGGGAAAAGACGAUUGGGACCUGUUCGUUGAGAGAUUGGAAUUGCUGUUUGCGAUGAAGGAUAUUGCGGAAAAUAAGCAACACAUUUGGUUGCUAACAAGGUUGGACGAAGAGGCGUACAAGCUGGCAAAGAGCUUGUGUGCUCCAAUCUUGCCGAAAGACAAAAAGUAUGCCGAUUUAAAAACGCUAAUGCAAGGGCACCUAAAGCCGAAGCCAUCGGAAGUGAUGGAGCGGUGUACCUUCGCGCAGGCAAAGCAGCAGCAGAACGAGUCAGUCGCCGAAUUUGAAGCGAGGUUAAGGAGGCUUGCUUUAAACUGUAAUUUCACAAGUUUAGAUACGGCACUAAGAGAUCAAUUUGUAGUAGGGAUUCGAGAUGAAGAGACUCGUAUCUCACUUUUUAGAGACCCCAAAUUAACGUUCGCGAAUGCGUUAAAAGAAGCAGUCGCACGGGAGUCUGCUGUGAAAAACGCCACAGAUGCAACGUGCGCGUUAGACAAGAAAAAUACGCAAAGAGAGGUGUUUGCUUUUCGUGGUAAUCCAAAAGGCGGGAAGCAAAGGUCGAAGCAGCACCAGCAACGGAGAGAAAAGCCGAGCAACGCGCAGCGCGACCGAAGAGAGAAAAAUACAAACAGUGGGUGUUUCUGCUGCGGAAAAGCGAACCACGUUCGCGCCGAGUGCCGACACAGGGAUAAGAAGUGCAACUUCUGCAAAACAAUUGGUCAUCUAGAGGGCGUCUGCUAUAAGAAGAAGGAGCAGCAGCCGGAAGGGAGCAGCGUACACAAGCUGGACGAAAGCAGCCGCUCCGAAGAAGAAGAACAGCGCAGCCACGAGGACGAGUUCUACAGUAUCGACGUAGUCAACAACGGGCAUGAGUAUGUGUAUGCGAACGCGUGUGUGAAUGAGAGCGGCGCGCGCGCGGAGCCGAUGAAUGUUGACUUGUGUGUAAACGGAAAGAAUGUUAGCAUGGAAUUGGAUACUGGCACGUUCGCAACGGUAAUUUCCGAGUCAGAGAAAAAUAAGUUUUUCAAAAAUGAAAAAAUAAUUAAAACGGAUGUCAAACUGCGCACGUAUGAUGACAAGGUUUUGCGUCCGCUCGGUAAACUAGUAGACUUACAAGUUAAAUUCAAUGGUAAAGAGCGCACGCUGUACUGUUUUGUAUUACCAGGUGACGGGCCGAUGCUCAUUGGUAGGCAAUGGUUAGCAGCACACGGGUGCUGGCCAUUGACGUUAGAAAAAGAUAAUGGAAAAGGUCAUUUUUUAAAUAAAAUUAACUUAGAAAAAAUUAAAGAGUAUUUUUUUGAGAAGUAUAAAGAUUUAUUUAGCGACGAACCCGGGCUGUACAAUAAGAGUAAAGUUACGAUCCACUUAACGGACAAAGCACGUCCGAUCGCGACGAAAUGUAGACCGGUACCGCAUGCAACACGUCCGGACGUAGACAAAGAAAUAGAAAGAUUAGUAGGUUUGGGACACUUAAAAGAAGUCGACACAAGUGAAUGGGCUACGCCUAUCGUUCCCGUAUAUAAAGGUAAUGGUAAACUCCGUAUAUGCGGCGAUUUCAAAUUAACGAUAAAUCCUUUCAUUAUUAUUGAUAAUUAUCCUUUGCACACUAUAGAUGACAUUUUUACCGUACUGCAAGGAGGAGUUUAUUAUACCGAGUUAGAUUUGUUUCAUUGCUACAUGCAAUUCGGGUUAGACGAAGAAAGUUCCAAACUUUUAACUAUUGUAACGCAAAAAGGUCUUUACCGGUAUACGAAAUUACCAGAAGGAAUAGCGUCUGCGCCCGCUAAUGUUCAGAAAAAAAUGGAUGAGUGCUUGCGAGGAAUUGAAGGAACGAUUGCGUAUAUCGAUAAUAUAUACAUAAUGGGUCGCAAUAAAGAAGAAUGCUCAGAGCGAACGGAAAAAGUUUUAGAUCGUUUGAAGGAAAACGGACUAAAGCUAAACAAGAAAUGCAAAUUCCUAAACGAGAGAAUUGAGGUUUUAGGCUUUGUUAUUGAUAAAGACGGCUUGCAUAAAGCACGUUCUAAAGUAGAAGCUAUGAUUAGCGCUCCAAAGCCACAGAAUUUUAAAGAAUUGCAUUCUUUUUUAGGCUUAGUCAACUUUUACGCUAGAUUUUUGGAGAAUCGCUCGGAUAAUAUGAAACCUCUGUAUGAUUGUGCGAACGCUAAAGAAUUUAAGUGGAAUGAAAAUUGUGAUAAAGCGUUUAGAUGGGUGAAAAAUGAAUUGAUUUCGCCACGCGUUUUAGCGAAUUACGACCCAAAGGAAAAAAUUGUACUCGCGUGUGACGCGUCUUCGUAUGGAUUAUCAGCAAUCCUCUCGCACAAAUACAAAGACGGUUCCGAGAAACCCAUAGCGUACGCGUCAAAGAAAAUUGCGAAAAAAGAAUUGAACCGAACAAUUUUAGACAAAGAGGCUAUGGCUAUAAUUUUUGGGUUCAAACGUUUCUACCAAUUUGUUUACGGUAGAGAUAUUAUAUUACGUACCGAUAACCAACCGUUACAACUGAUACUUGGCCCACGUAGAGGCAUACCUGCUACGGCGAAUAAUAGACUGCAGCGUUGGGCUCACUACUUGUCGGGAUUCAGGUAUACAGUCGAGUAUAUCAAGUCAAAAGAUAAUGCAAAUUGCGAUGCACUAUCUCGCCUACCGAUAGAAGAUGAAACAGAGUUGCUAGAGAACAAUUUCUCACCUUUAAAUUUUUUUAAGAAUGGCUUCGAUACGUUUGAUAGUAAAAUGUUAGCAAAAAAAAGUAUAACUGAUGAAACCAUUUUAAAAGUAAUAAAGUACACACUAUCAAGUUGGCCUGAUUCUAAGGAUCUAUCGGAAGGUGAGAAAGAGUAUUAUUCUAGAAGGUUAGAAUAUACGGUUGACAAUAAAUGCUUGUUUUGGGGGUUAAGAGCAGUCAUACCCGAGUCGAUGCGACCGCUAAUGCUAAAAGAAUUACACGCGUCGCAUAUGGGUAUCGUAAAAAUUAAAAUGCUUGCUCGAUCUUAUGUGUGGUGGCCGGGGAUAGACAGGGAUAUAGAGGAUUAUGUAAAGGCAUGUACGACAUGCCUGGUAGAACAAAAAAAACCACCGCACACGCCACUGACAACUUGGCCUUGGCCAGAUCGCGCCUGGCAUAGAAUUCACUGUGAUUUUUUAGGCCCAUUCUAUGGAGAUAUGUAUCUAGUACUCAUCGAUGCGCAUACGAAGUGGCCUGAAGUCAUUAACUUUAAGAAUAAUACAAAAGCGUAUAGGGUAGUUGAGGAAUUCAAAAAUCUGCUUGCACGUUUUGGAAUGCCGUUUCAUGCUGUUACCGAUGGGGGACCACAAUUUAGAGCAACAGAGUUUUUGUCAUUUUUAGAGCAGAAUGGUGUUCACCAUAGUUUCUCACCGCCGUACUAUCCUGCCACAAAUGGCGCGGCAGAGAAUUUUGUUGAAACAUUCAAAGAUAAAGUGCACAAAAUUGUUAAAGGGGGGGAGAAACCGGCGGAUGCCGUUAACUUGUUUUUGAUAGACUAUCGAAGUAUUGAGCAUUGUACUACCGGCAAGAGCCCAGCACAGUUGAUGUACAAGCGUGAAUUGCGCACGCGAUUUGAUCUACUAAGAAAUAGUGUAUCAGCGAGAGUUGAACAACAACAGCGAGCGCAAAUUGUAUCGCGUUCAGGCAAGCGUAAGAACGAUAUAGAAGAGGGAGACAUUGUUGCGUUUGACAACCACGCGACUAGAGGUGAGAAACGAAUUGUAGGUGAAGUUGUAAAACAAGUGUCACCGUCGACGUUCAUUGUCAAAGAUAGUGACAAUGUAAAACAAAAGCGACACGUCGAUCAAAUGAUAAAGCGUCCGAAUCUGCGACGAUCUCCGCGGUUGAACGCAUGUUUAAAAAAGGCGGAAGAUUGUGAUGUAUGUGAGUAA